UACCCACGUGUGCGCUGGGCAAUGGCGGCGGUGCCGGGGCUCCUGGGCAUCCAGACGUGCCUCAGGGUGGCGGGAGCGGCGGCGGCGCGCCCCGAGUGCUUCCUCAGCGUGCAGGAUGGACUGGCUGCCGACUUCAGAGCAAUGACAAAGACUCUCUACGAUUUGAAUAAAGGAAGUAACAUAGUUCGUGGGGGCCCUCUAAAAGAGCUGGUGAUAGAAAAUUUUGACGAAGAACAGAUUUGGCAGCAACUAGAGCUCCAGAACAAUGCAGUUCUCGAUUUCUUCAAGAAAUCCAUUGCAAAGGAUGCCGAGGAUGAAGAUCUUUGCCUUCUCUCAGACCAGGAAGAGGAUGGUUCUGAUGCAGAGACCAGCAGUGACAAGGAGGUCGAAGACAACAUAAUGGAAGCAGAAACUGAACAGAUGAGUGUUUACACAAAAGAUAAAGAUAAAACUAAAGCUAAAGAAAAGCAAAGUAAACUCAGCAAAAGCUUAAUGCAGAAAUACAGUGAUGAGGAUUCUGAUAUUGACUUUGAUAUUGAAGCACUGGAACAACAAGCUAAAACAGCCAAGGCAACCACAUUGAGAAAAAAGGGAAGAAAAUCUGUAGUGGAUGACAAAUUUUUCAAGCUGGCUGAGAUGGAAGCUUUUUUAGAACAUGCAGAGAAGGAAGACAAGGAAGAAGAAGAGGAAGAUGAUAUUAAUUAUUUUGAAGACAUUAUCUCAGAUGAUGAGGAAGACUCUGAAGAAGCUAAAGUAAAACAAAUUAAAAGUUCUAGAGAUAUGACAUACAAAGAUUUCUUUGAUUCAACUGAUGAUGAUGAUGGUGAUGAUGAUUUAGUAGCUAAUGAUGCUGAAAAGGAUCAGGAAGAGGAAGCAGACAGUGCUAUUGAAGACCAAAAUGAAGAAAGCAUGUCUGAGUUUGAGGAUAUGGAUGAAAUGGUGGAGCACAUGAGAAGUAAAGAAUCUUCUAAAAAAGUAACUUUUAGUUUGCCAGAUGACAGUGAAACAGAACAUGUAAAUGAAGUGCAAUUAGAGAAGGACAUGAAUCCCAGUGAAAUAAAGUCAUCAUUUGAGAAGAGACAGGAAAAGAUGAGCAAAAAAAUAAAAAGCUUGGAAGAAGGAUUGCUAGAGGAGAAACCUUGGCAGCUGAAAGGAGAAGUGACUGGACAGAAACGCCCUGAGAACAGCCUUUUGGAAGAAACAGUGCUUUUUGACCAUGCAGUGCGAAUGGCACCUGUGAUCACAGAAGAAACUACUUUUCAGCUUGAAGAUAUCAUUAAACAGAGAAUAUUGGAUGAGGCAUGGGAUGAUGUAGUACCAAAGGAAAAACCCAAAGAGGAAGCUUUUGAGUACAAGAAGCGGAUCAGUUUGGAUCAUGAAAAGAGUAAGCUGAGUCUCGCUGAAAUCUAUGAGCAAGAAUACAUGAAACUUCAACAGCAAAAGACUGAAGAGGAAGAAAAUCCUGAACACAAAGAAAUUCAGGGAAUGAUGGAUUCACUCUUCCAGAAGCUGGAUGCACUUUGUAAUUUCCACUUCACACCCAAACCACCGGUGCCAGAAGUUAAAAUCGUUUCGAACCUUCCAGCUAUAAGUAUGGAAGAAGUAGCACCAGUUGCUGUUAGUGAUGCUGCUCUCUUAGCCCCAGAGGAGAUCAAGCAAAAGAACAAAGCCGGCGAUGUAAAAACAGAUGCAGAAAAGACUCCCACAGACAAAAAACGAGAACUAAGAAGGAAAAAGCUCCGUAAACGUAUGAGGCGAAGGGAAAAGGAGAAACGUCAAAAGCUUCUUGAAAAGAUGAAACCAGAACAAGGCACAAAGCUUAGCAAAAAAGCUGCUGCAGCAAAAUUAAAAAGGCUUACCAAAGAAGGCAAAGCAUCUCUGCUCAAGGAUGAAGGUAAAGACAAGGCCUUGAAAUCAUCCCAGGCCUUCUUUUCUCAGCUACAAGAUCAAGUGAGAAUGCAAAUCAAAGAUGCCAGCAAAUUAAAGAAGAAACAGAAGAAGGAGAAAGCAAUCUCUGUUCAUAAACUGAAGUUGUAAUUUACCUUUUUUAUAUAUUGCAUCUUGUAUAUAUUAUUUUUCUUUCCAAAUUUGA